AUGUCAAGCAUCAAUAUUAUGGAGUUUGACAAAUCUUCAAACUUGAAAAUGUCUCAAGAUCAUCACGACACGAUCAUGAUGAAAUACUCACAUGAACAUACAACUCCGUUUUAUUUCAUUGAUGACAUUAUGUAUCACAUCUUUUCCUACUCUCUACUUCCUAUCGUUCAAUUUCGAUAUUCUCUCGUUUGCAAACAAUGGUAUGAAUUGACCAACAGUGAAACGUUUUAUAAAAAUUACCACACCUAUGUCGUGAAUCAUGGUCUCGAUGCAUUGAUCCAUCCAAAACAUAACGAUUUGAUGAAAUAUUUAUUUGAUUGGACUGAAUUUGUGAAUCAUUUGUAUCCACAACAAUAUGAUGAUUUACGAAAGUUGCGACAAAAUAUUCUGAGUGUUCAAAAAUUGUCACAACUCUCCGAUGUUGAAUUUCAACAAUUAUUUUCCAAGUUGUCAUGUGGAAAUCUCAAAGAUUUUGUGGCAACCUUGAGACAGGCAAUAUUAAUCACGAUGGACAAUGGCUCUGGAAAAGUAGUUUCAGUUUUUACUCAACGCCCAGACCGUUCCACUGUGUCUUAUUAUGCCUUUGUCAAUGACAAGUAUCAAAUACUCAAUAUUGAGACAGAAUUAGAGCAUGCCAAACAUUUCAAAUCAUGUCUGUUGAGUUAUGAAUUCUAUGAUUAUGGUUGGGGAGAUACUGAUGAAAUUGUUAAGACUGAGGGUGAUGAAUGGUUCUGUCAACAAUUUCCUGAAUAUAUUGAAGCAUUGGGGAAAAUGAUCUUCAUGUCCAUCUUGGAAUUUAUUUGCUGUUUUGAAGAAGGCAAUCAUUCCUACAUGUGUGAUAUGCAGCGCGAACGAUCGAAACAUGCACUCAGACUGAAAGAACAUCCCAUGCUUGGUAGUGCACGUAAAAUUCAAACCUCACUCAGAAAUGCAUCCAGCUUUUUUGCUCGAGCAGUACAAUAUCGUACAGAUCCUCAUUUGUGGUAUCGAUUAUUACACGCUGGAUAUCGCUUGGAUACACAAGAGUUGGAAUCCAUCUUUUUUUUCCACUAUUUGAACGAACGUCAUUUACAAUUUUUCUAUGACUAUUGUGAAAAGUUUGACUUGAAGACGAGCUUGGCUCCUCGUCUGACUGAAAAGUAUUUCUAUUCCUUAUUAAUGCAAGGGCUAGGAGUGAUACAAGUCGUUCAUCGAAACAGAGGUCUCAAUCAAUUUCCAAGAAUGUUGUGUACCAAAGCCAUCAUGGACUCGUCACAAACAGGAACACCGAAUUAUGACUUGUUGGAUUAUUACGCGAAAGAAAUUCGAAAUGACAUGUAUUGUCCUUUUGAUGACCGAGUGUUUAGUGUCUUGGAUGACACUAAAACCUUGUCCGAUUCCAAACAGGAAGAAGUUCAACUCGUAAUAUUACCACCACACUCUCUGCCACGAGUAUUGGUCUUGUAUCCCAACCGUGACAGCCAAAAUCAAUUUGAAUAUUUCCUAUCCAAAGCAAGAGACCUUAAUUCUCAGGAAUCGGGUCAUUCAGAAAACAAUCACACCCUUAGUAUUGAACAAAGAAUAUUACCACAUCGAUUUUUGAAAAGAAAGGAACAAAAAGAGCAAUUACAGAAAAUUAUUCACAGAUUUGAUGUCAUUGUCUAUUUCACCAGUGAGGUGAACCACAAUGAAUAUGAUCGAAAAAUUGUUUCUUUUUUGAAUGCUUAUUCAAAUAGCAAGAGAAGAGUAGUAUUUGGAUUUAGUUCUUGCAGAUUAUCUCAUGUAGAGUUUACUGAUAUAUUUGGAACUUUGGAUCAUGUUAAAAUGUUUCAGUUUACCAAUUGUGUCUCAUUCAAGAAAAGAUUUCAAAGAAUUUUGUUGGACAAGGAUUAUGACUUCUUUACCAACAACAAGUAA